AAUGUAGUAUUCUGAAUUUCUGACUAGUCCCGCUCCCAAAUAUUUAGCGAAGCCAAAAAUAGUCGACAAAACAAAAACCAAAUUGACUCAUUGUCACUCUUCACACUUCUAUACUUCGCGAGAGUUUUUCAGGCGCCAUGGAGGGCUCCUCGUCGCAUCCGUCUGAUUCAAAUCAAACGGCCUCUCGUGCAUCUGGUUUUCUUGCUAAUCUUCCUUCUCGUGGCCUCUUCUCCUCCACCGUCAUCUCUUCAAAUCCGGGUAGUAUGCGAGUUUAUGUUUGUGAGCAUGACACAUCACCCCCAGCGGACCAACUGGUAAAAACAAACCAACAAAACAUAUUGAUUAGGUCACUCACUCUUAAGAAACCAAAGGGUGAUGCCAGUUCAAAGGAUGUGAAAGGUGUAGCUGGAGCUGAUAAAAAGAGGGCUGCUGAAAGAGUUUUGGAUAGUAGGAAUCCAGCAAAGAGAGCCAACAUGCAAGCUUGCUCUCGUCAAGAUGGAUCGAACAGUCGUACAGCUGAGAAGGACUACCACAGUUUGACUGUAGAGAGGCUUCGGGCACUUCUCAAGGAAAGAGGUCUUUCACCCAAGGGAAAGAAGGAUGAGCUGAUUGCACGCCUUAAAGGUGCAAAUAGUUAAGUGUAGCUCAGAAGGUGGAAAGGUUCUCAGCUUGUUUUGCAUUUGGGUUAUGGAAGGUGAUUAUGUUGUCUUUUGUGUGACCUAGGAUAGAGAAAAGAAUUGUAACUUAGGAAUAGUCUUUUGAAGAGAACGAGAACAUGCCGAUUCUGUAACCUGCAUUGUUAAGUUGUGAGUUAAUUUUUUCUUUUCCAACGUAGUAAUGUAUAUCCAUCAUUCUCUC